CAAUGGUGCCCCUCUUUACCAAUCUAAAAAUCUGGUCACCUUAAAAUAGAGGGAACUUUAGACAUGAAAAUGAUGCAAAUAUAUUGCAUCAUUCCCUUCCCAAAGUUGGUCAGAUCUCUUUCUUAGAAAUGGGACAUAAAAUAAAUGAGAGGUUUUUUUUCACCAGCAGUACAAAUUGUUCCCUUUUUCAGAACCCAGCUUUAGGAGCCAAAAAGAUUUCCACUUUUCUUGAACUGAACUUAAAUGAGGAAGACUUUCAGGGUGUUGCAGAAAGGAGCACGUUCAAGGCAAUGAAAGAAAAAUCUAAAACAACCCAUGGAGAAUUUGGUGAAGUUCUUUUCCGGAAAGGUGGCAUAAGUGACUGGAAAACACUUUUUAGUGAAGCAAACAACAAGGAGAUGGACACUGUAUUUAAAGAGCGCUUAGAAGGAACCAAAGUGGGAAAAUUGAUAAACUAUGAUCAUUACUGCAAGAUAUGAAGAUCAAGGGGAAAAGCUAUCCAUUGUAAAAUAAUUCCAUUAUCGGAAACAAGGCAUUCCAUUUACAUUUUAAUAAAUUUAUGAUUUUUAUGUAAUCUCUGCAUGAAAGGGAAAUGGAAAUAAUUUCAAGAGUUUUCUGACAACAGUUCUAUAAAUUUAUAAGCUAUAAAUGGCUAAAAUUGCAUUACUUAAUCAUGCUAAUAGCAUAUUCAUUUCUAUUCACAGUUAUGACAAAAUAUUUUAGAAAUAUAAGACAACUGGAUAGAUGUUAGAAAGAAAUCUAUAAUGUGACCUUUUAUUGUAUAGAAAUCAACAAGCUCUUAAUCACACCAAUUUUUCGAGCACAGAUAUAUGUUUCUCUGUGUUUAUUCCUACACA